GAGCUCAAACCAAAAUCGAGUCUUCUUCUAAGUCAAAUUGAAAUCAACCUCGCGCAAUUGUUCUUUGCUCUUCUUGAUUCUUCGUCUUGCUUCUCCAAUUUCAUCUUCGAGAUUAGUCUCUUGAUUAAAGCUUCGUAAAUGGACUACGAAGCAUAUGAUAGCAGUGGAACUGAUGAUGAUCUGCCACCACCGCAUAGGGUUCCACGAGGAGGAGGAGGAGGAGGAGGGCGUGUGGCUGGUAAUGGAAGACCUUUGAAUCUUCCUCCAUCUUAUCCAAAGAUAUAUGAUGAUGUUGCUGCUGAUAUGGAAGCUCAGAUUCACCAGAUUGAGAAGGAAGCAUAUAUCUCUGUUCUAAGAGCCUUUAAAGCUCAAGGAGAUGCUAUUUCAUGGGAAAAAGAAGGUGUAAUAACUGAGCUACGUAGAGAGUUGAGUUUAUCGAAUGAGGAGCAUAGAGAACUUCUAGGUCGUGUUAACGCAGAUGAUACAAUACGAAGGAUAAGGGAAUGGAGACAAUCUGGAGGAAUGCAACCAAGUGUGCGCAAUGCUGCUCAAGUGGUUCACGACACAUUGCCAAGCCCUUCUGUUUCAGCUUCUAUUAAGAAGCACAAACCAAACCAGCCAAUUCCUUCUCAACCAUUCGCCACUUCUUCACCUUCUUUUCAUCCUCAAGCUGAUCCCACUCACCCGUUUGCUUCAUCGACAGCCAAACGGGGUUCUGUUCCUAUUGUGAAGGGCAAAAAACAUAAACCAGUUUUUCCUGGUUCGUCUUCCACAAAACCUGUCCCAUACCAUCCUUCAGAUCAACCUCCACGAGGACAAGUCAUGAACAGAUCUGUUCCUACCAGUUUAAGUGAACCCACAAACGGAACCGAUCCUGAAUCUUUUGUUGGUAAAAGAGUUAGAAUAAAGUGGCCUGAAGACAAUACAUUUUACGACGCUGUCAUUACCAUGUAUAAUCCAGUUGAGGGUCGCCAUUCUUUAGUUUAUGACAUUGCAACAGCUCAUGAGACAUUGGAAUGGGUUAAUCUCUCAGAGAUAUCUCCUGGGGAUAUAGAGUGGAUAGGAGAGGAUCCUGGGGUUGGUAAUCGAUAUGGUUAUAACGGACAAGGUCAUGGACUGAAUAGAACUACCGGACCCAACAGUAUUCCACAACGAGGAAGCGGUUUGGCAAAGAACACUAUCAGAAAGGAUUUCAGAACAUCACAGAAUGGAACUGGGAAAAAGAAACAUCUCGAUAUACGAAUCCGCCAAACAAAUGUCUUAAUCAGAGAGGUGGAGAGAGUUCUUGGUUCACACAAUCCAGAUCCCCACGAAGUUGAAAGGGCUAAGAGAAUUUUGGAGGAGCACGAGCAUGCGCUUGUGGGCGCAAUUGCAAAGCUUGGAGAUAUUUCAGAUGGAGAAAACGGCAAGUUUUUAGUUUGAUAUAUCAAGCAUUUAGCAUAUCUGAGCCCUAUAUCCUCAGUGAUAUUCCUCCCUUUGAGCAAGUAAUGACGAAAAUGCUUAUAAUUUCAGAUCAAAUACAUUCACUGAAAUUCUCGCUCUCUGUUCUUUUCUACAGAAGGUGUGUUUCGUCGGUAGCUUAUAUUUGAAUCAAGCAAUUUUGCCAAG